AUGUUCUCAACACUGCUUUUCGCACUUCUCGCCUUCCCAGAUAUAUCGUACACCGCCCUGGUUCCUCGCCAAACCAAAUCUCCAACCGCUACAGUCAGAAAUGGAAGCUAUUAUGGCCUCCACAAUCCAACCUACAAUCAAGACCUGUUUCUAGGCAUGCCGUUUGCUCAACCACCCACAGGGGACCUUCGCUUCCGCAACCCCGUCUCGCUCAACACGUCGUGGACUGGAAACAAGAAUGCAACGCAAUAUUCCUAUGCCUGCCACGGAUACGGCUCGGAUGACUGGGUUUUGGGAAACCCAGUGAGCGAGCAUUGCCUCACUCUCAAUGUGGUCCGUCCUGCUGGAAUCCAGGCGAAUGAAGGGCUGCCAGUGGGCGUCUGGAUCUAUGGCGGUGGAGGCUACAUGGGCAGUAGCCUUGACCCACGCUAUAAUCUGUCGUUCAUUGUCCAGCAAUCAGUCGAGUUGGGCAAACCCUUUAUCGGAGUCAGUCUCAACUACCGCCUCCACGCAUUCGGAUAUUUGUUCAGCACUGCAGCCCUCAAAGCCGGUGUUACUAAUAUGGGUUACCGUGACCAACGACUCGCGCUACAAUGGAUUCAAGAAAACAUCGCUGCGUUUGGCGGGACCCUACCAAAUUGGGGCGAAAGCGCCGGCGCAUCGAGCGUUGGCGUGCAGCUGCUCGCCCAUGGAGGGAGAGAUGACAAACUCUUUCGCGCUGCGAUCGAGGAAAGCGGCGGACCUAUAAGUUCUACUCGCUAUAUCAACGCAACAACUUGGGACAAAUACUACAACAACAUCACACAGGCUACAAACUGCAGCACGGCUUCCGACACCUUGGCAUGCUUGCGCAAAGUCCCUAUUGAAUCCCUCAACGCCGUACUCAACAGCAGCGUGACGGCACAAGUUCCCUACUGGGGCGCUGUGGUCGAUAACGACAUGGUCAUCGCCACGGGAACUCGUCAACUGCUUGACGGCAAAUUCAUCAAAGUGCCCCUCCUGCACGGACGGAACUUUGACGAAGGCACUAGUUUCGCGACAAAAGGCAUCAACACGACAGAGGAGUUUCUCGCCGACGUGAUGAAAGCUGGGCCAGACAAUGCGACUGCGGCGACCAUCGCAGCCUUGUAUCCGGACAUCCCGGCCAUUGGCAUUCCCGCCACGUUAUCAGGCCGUCCGCCUCCCUCCAACGCCUCGCUGGGGUCUCAGUGGAAGUGUGAGUCCGCAUACAUUGGCGAUCUACGUCAGCAUGCACCGCGCCGCCUGAUUUCGCAAGUCUAUGCGACCAACAAUGUCAGCAGUUGGAGCUACCACUUCAACGUGCUGGUAAACGGGCAACCACCCGCGAUCGGCGCGACGCAUUUCCAAGAAGUCGCCUUCGUGUUCCACAACACCAAGGGCGUGGGUUACCACAAUUCCGUGGCUGAAGAUCCAUUUGAGAACAAGCCGGCAAGCUACGAUCGGUUGGCGACCAUCAUGAGUCGGAUGUGGAUCAGCUUCAUUGUGGACGGGGAUCCCAACACGAACAACGCUACAUCGGUCCAGUGGCCCGUGUACACGCUGGACAAGCCUCAAAACAUCGUCUUCGACGCAAACGCCACGGACCUGCUGUACGUGGAGCCGGAUUACUACCGCGCCGAAGGGGUCCAGUAUAUUUCCGACCGCUUUAUAUCGACGUAUGACCGAUGA